AUGGAAGCAUCAACGCCGUCACCCUCAUCGUGCCACGCCUCGUCUAGCCCGUUUUCAAUUGCCGUCGUCGGCGCUGGCUUAACGGGCCUCUCCAUCAUCCUGUCCCUCUUACACCACGACCUCUACAACCCCAGAGACAUCACCAUCUACGACCUCCGUCGCCCUGCGGACACUCCCGACCCAGCCAACUCGUCCGGCGUGGUGCUCACGCCUAAUGGCCUGCGCGUUCUCGACGCGCUCGGCGUCCUCGACCGGAUAUCGUCCAGGUGCUGGCUCUCCGAGUACCGCACGUACAAGAAUGAAGACGACGAGACGACCCGGAAGACGCUGAUCACCAACGAGGCCCUCUACGGGUAUAAGAACCACCGGCUGUGGCGGCGGAUCCUGCUUGAGACGAUGCUGGAGAUGGUGAGCGAGCGAGGUGUCAGGAUCGGUUGGGGGACGAGGUUCGAGGGCGUGGUGGACGAGAGCGAGAAAGGGGAUGGGGUCCUGUUCAGAGUCAACGGGCGGGAUGAAUCAGCCGGGAUGCUGAUCGGCGCGGACGGGAUUCAUUCUUCGGUGAGGAAAUAUGUCAAUCCAGACGACGCCGGGCCCGAGUACACGGGCAUCGCGGGUGUCUUGAGCCACAUCCCCUGGAACUCGGUCGAGUGGCCGUACGAAGACUAUGAGCGUGCGUGCACGAUUCAGGGAAAGCCCGGGGCAUUGGUUCUAAUGCCUGAAGACCGGGAGGGAAGUAUCAUCAUGGUCGCGAUGCAAGUCAGGAUGGAAGAUCGCAGUCGGGAACAGUGGGAAGCGUUGGGGCGGGAUAAGGAGUUCUCGCGUGAUUUCUAUGCAAACACGCGAGACAAAUGGGAGAGUCGAACGGCAAAAGGAAUCAUCGAUGCCGUUUGUCGGCAUGUCGAUACGACAUUUUUAUGGCCCUUCAUGCGAAUGGCGCCGCUCAAGAAAUGGUUCUCAGAGAAGGCGGGCAGGGUCAUCAUCAUGGGCGAUGCAGCUCACGCAUUGCCUCCUAGCAGUGGACAGGGCGUGAAUCAGGCCCUGGAGGACGUGCAUGCUCUGACUAGGCUGCUUCUUCUGCUCAAAUCGAAGCCAACACUAGGGCUGAAGAAUUCGCUGGCGUUCUGGCAAUCCCUCCGGCAGGCUCGUGUGGAUGCGGUCUUCGACUGGGCAACGAACAAGACAAACGUCCAGCGUCUGCCUCUGGCGGAGAGAGAGAGGCUCGUGCGCGAGGGGAAAGUCAUCGAUGCCAGCAAUGCUGAGAAUUUUGACGACAUGCGGUGGCUGUAUCAGCCGGACACCGACAACAUAAUUGACGCGUGGGUGUCCCAACAGGGGUGA